AUGGCAGAUCAGACCACUAUGCUCAGCGAAAGUCUCGAGAACUUUUGGAUUAUGGGACUGACAAAGGAGUUCGAAGAAGCCGUCGCGGCCAUGACAGAAAUAAACCUUGAACCACACGACCAGAUGACUAGCUUACCACAAAUGACACGACUACUGUACAGCCUACUCUCAGCAUACGACCUCCAAAAGUGUCGCAAUAGUCGAGUUUUAGAUAAGGCACUCGAGUUAGGCGACAUGCUCUAUACCUUCUUCGAUACUUCAAGCCGCCUACCUAUCACAUCCUGGAAUGCAACAAAAGUCGCCGACGGCGAGGAACAAGAAUCAUCUGGAAGCGUCACACUGGCAGAACUCACAACAUAUAACCUAGCAUUCAUCAGGUUGUCACAGCUCACAGGCGACAUGCGAUUCUACGAUGCCGCAACGCGUGUCACCAAUAUCCUCGAAUCGCAGCAAAGCAGCACCAAAAUCCCCGGUCUCUGGCCCGCCGAAAUAAACUUGCACACCCUCGACCUGACUUCCGCCGACACAUUCAAUGUAGAUGCUUCAUCGGGUCCUGCAUACGCACAACACACUCUGAUGACCCGUCUCCUCGCCACCGCGCCCAAGACAUCACCCUACACCACCAUGUCCGCAAACGCCCUCGACGCAAUCAUCCAACACAUCCUCUUCCGCCCUGUAACCCCCACGAACGAAUCCGUUAUGAUGGCCAGCCCUGCAUACACCUCCCAAAGAUACCACAUAACCCUCACCCACAACCUCGACAUUUCAUCCUGCACUCUCGGCAGCACGCUCGCCUUAUCAGCAGCACUCACCCAUAACGACACCCAUCUCACCUACGCCCGUCUUCUAACCGAAGGCUGCAUAUGGACAACCCUGCAUUCACCCCCUUCCUUCAACGGCAACAUGAUGCCGAAGAACUUCUCGAUGCUAGCCUGUUCAUCGUCGAAACUGAGCAACAGCGACGAAGACUGCUCGUUUGACCCCAGCGUGUGGCCCGAACAAGAGUAUCCCGGGUUCGAGAAGAUAUGGGACAAAAAGGGGCCGAGCGUUAGACCGGAAGUAGUGAUGAGUCUAUUUGCUCUGUACCGGGUUACGGGAGAGGAGAGGUGGAGAGAGGUUGGGUGGCAGAUGUGGGAGGGUGUGGAGCGAGUUAUGGAAGAGAAGGUUGAGCAAGCGCUGAAUGGCGACUUUGAAAGAGAUGAUGAAGACUUUAGGAUGACGAUGCAGACGCUCAAGUAUUUUUACUUGCUGUUCAGCAGGUCCGACAUGUUGAGCUUGGACGAGUGGGUAUUUGGAAGCGAUGGGGGCAUUCUAUGGACAGGCAAUGUAUAA